CCCGCGAACAUCUUCUUACCAUCAAACCCCAUCAUUGUUCAAAAAUGGCUCCAGCUCGUAUGCCUAGAGUGAUCUUGGCACGUCAUGGAGAAACAGAAUGGUCAAUAUCCGGUCAACAUACAGGCAGAAGUGAUAUUGCAUUAACACCACAUGGAGAAGAUGUGACUAAAAUCCUUGGACCAACAUUCAUUUCAUGUGAUGGUAGCAAAAUGAUCGAUCCACGUCAUAUAAGUCAUAUUCUCUGUAGUCCUCGAAAACGUAGUCAAAAGACUCUACAGCUCCUCUUUUCUCAUUUGAGUGAAGAAGAAAGAAGCGAUAUCGUACCAGUUGAAACGGUAGAGGAUUGUCGUGAAUGGGAUUAUGGUGCUUAUGAAGGAAAGGUUACCGCUGAUAUUCGAGCAAUUCACCCUGGAUGGGAUAUUUGGAAAGAUGGUACACCAGACGAUCCUAAGAACCCACAAGAGUUUCCCGGAGAAACGGCAGAACAUAUGACCGCGCGAAUUGAUAGAGUCAUUGAAAAGAUUCGCACACUUCAAAAAGCUGUUAUCGAAGGAAGAGCAGAAGAAACACAUGAUUGUGCGGUGAUCAAAAGAGGGGGUGAUGUCAUGGUAGUCGCUCAUGGCCACUUCAACAGAUGCUUUAUUGCAAGAUGGCUCCAAUUACCUCUUACGAACGGCCGUUUAUUUGAAGUAGAUGCAGGAGGCGUAGCAAUUUUAUCGUAUGCCCACCAUAGCUUUGAUGAGCCCACCUUGGCAGGCAUCUUCUCCAGCAAAACUGGUCCUCGUUCGAUCGGCACUGUGAUAGGAUCAGCACAAACAAAACAAGAACAUCAACAUGACGAAUUACAAUAUCUUUCCAUUGUUUCUCGUGUGAUUGGACAAGGUGAAACACGAAUGGACAGAACAGGCACCGGUACCUUGGCUCUUUUUGCUCCUCAACCUAGCCUGCGAUUCUCGCUGAGGGAUAUGACUUUACCUCUUCUUACAACAAAGCGAGUAUUUACUAGAGGUGUUUUAGAGGAAUUGUUGUGGUUCGUUGCCGGAAAGACUGAUUCGCAGUUAUUGACGGAUAAAGAUAUCCAUAUUUGGGAUGGUAAUGGAAGCAAGGAGUUCUUGGAAUCACGCGGUCUGGGACAUAGACGGUCAGGUGAUUUAGGACCGGUAUAUGGUUUCCAAUGGAGACAUUUUGGAGCAGAAUACAAAACAUGCGAUGAUGAUUACACAGGACAAGGUGUUGAUCAAUUACGUGAAGUGAUUGAUAAGAUCAAGAAUAAUCCUACAGAUCGAAGAAUUAUUUUGAGCGCAUGGAAUCCGGCAGAUUUGAAAAAGAUGGCAUUGCCGCCUUGUCAUAUGUUUUGUCAAUUUUUCGUUUCUUUACCUGAAAGUUCACCUUCGGGCAAGAAAGAACUUUCAUGUCAAAUGUAUCAACGUUCAUGCGAUUUAGGAUUAGGAGUACCGUUUAAUAUUGCAAGUUAUGCUUUACUUACACAUAUGAUCGCCAAAGUGACAGGAUGUGAAGCACGCGAAUUGGUUCUGGCAAUGGGAGACGCACAUGUUUAUAGAGAUCAUGUUGAACCGCUCAAAGAACAAUUGAAACGUGAACCAAGACCAUUCCCGAAACUAGUCUGGAAGCGAGAGGUGGAGGACAUUGAUGAUUUCAAAUAUGAAGAUUUCGAAGUACAGGGUUAUAAGCCUUAUCCUAAAAUUGAAAUGAAGAUGAGUGUGUAGAUACUCAACAACCAUGUAAAUAUAUAUUAUGUUCGCAAAUGUCAUCAUAAUGGACAAUAUUGAGAGCAUAAUUUUACUCUUAC